AUGCGUACAACUCUAAGAGCUUAUCUGACCAGUCCAAACGUUCCUCUCAGCUUACACCCCAAAGCGACUUGCGCUCAAGUGCGGACCGAUGGCGCAGCACAAAAUUGGCCGCCGGUAGACAAGUGGCGGAUCUGGGGAGACUUCAACAUGGACAAUAUCGAAACUCUGUUCGGAACUCUCCUUGACACCACCUUUGAAGUUGCGGAUCCACUCCCACCUUUGAACUCACUGCGCUGUCUUCGUUAUGAAAGACACCUCGAUUUCAUUCUGAUACGACAGAACAGCGUUAUUGUCAACGAAGCACUACGGGUAGCCUGCAGUCAUCUAGGCCUACGCCAGGUGGAAUGGAUAACGGGCGGGGGUGAUUCUGAAGAUGGAAAGUUCCCGGACUGGAGUGGCAUCCAGGUGUCUGGUUCCAACAAUGAGAAGAGCAUCGUUCCUGGGGAUACAAAGCUCACCGAAGAUGUCCUCAAACCUGCGACUGACAAGUCAAGUUCGAAGCUAGACUCCGAUAACCUACCUGUAUCAGAUAAAAAGGAUCCCAAAACUGAGCUAGCUCGGUCGUGUUUACAGCAGGUCAACUACUAUGCCCAUAGCUACAACGCCCGAUAUUUCUAUGUUAUCACCAACAAAGAGCUAUUUCUAUCUCCAUACCACUCCCAACCGGCCGCUUGCUUUUUAUCCAUCAUCGCCGUCUCCGAUGACUGGGCGAGACAGAUCUACAGCCGGUACCUCUGUCUCACCGGCUCAGUCAUCUGGUGGUCAAUCAACGCCGUCUUGGAUCCCUGGACGAGACAGACCUAG